GCCGGAAGUCGGGACUUGCUGAUUGGAACACGUGAGUUUGGCACCAGAUCGAUCCAAGGAACGACUUUCCUUUCGCCCGGGCUGGAGAGAGGCUCGCCUGGUGGGCGAGGGCAGCUGGAUCCAGGAGGUAAGGGGCUGGAGAUCCGGAUGCCUGAAGGCUGGGGCCUGGACUUCCUGUGAUCUGAGUUCUGACCCUUUUCUCCACCAUGUUCGGCUCCUCUCGAGGGGGCGUGAGGGGCGGGCAGGACCAAUUCAACUGGGAAGAUGUGAAGACGGAUAAGCAAAGGGAAAACUACCUGGGGAACUCGCUGAUGGCCCCCGUCGGCCGCUGGCAGAAGGGUAAAGAUCUCACCUGGUACGCCAAGGAGAAGAAGAGCGAGGCGGCCCUCUCUCGGGCGGAAGAACUGGCCGCCAUCCGGCAGGCUGAAGAGGAGGCCAUGCUGGCGGCUUUGGGCUAUAAGAACGUCAAGAAGCAGCCGACCGGGUUGAGCAAAGAGGAUCUCGCCGAGGUCUGCAGACGCGACGAUGAGCGGGACGAGAAGAGCGUGGACCGGGUGUUGGGCCUGGGGAGCUCGAGGAGUGCCGGAAGUCGGAUGAUGUUUUCCAAAGAAGACAAGGAAGCUGCUAAGUUGGGACUUUCGGUCUUUACGCAUCAUCGAGCGGCAAGCACUCCGGCGGUCUCUACUGCCAAAAGGAAACCGGACGAAGUAGAAGAAACCGAAGCGAUACCGCUGGAGGCCACCAAGAGAUCCAGAAAGAAGGAGAAGAAGAAGAAGAAACACAAGAAAGAGAAGAAAAAGGAAAAACGCCACAAGAAGAAAGCCGCGUCGUCUUCUGCUUCCUCUUCCCCGGAUGACAGAGAAAGACAAAGGCGGCCCGCCCUUCCUGCCGAGCUCCAUCCAUCAUCCUCCCAGCAGGCCGGAGCCAGCUUCCCUGACGGCCAUUCAUCACCCUCCCGAGAAAAACAGAGACCGCCCAGCAGGUGGCGCCAAAGCCCAGCCUCCCCCGGCCAUAGGAAGGAGAGGAACCCCUGUGGCCAGCGGUCGGGGACACGCUCUCCCGAGCCGGGGAGGAAGGAUCGGCCGGGUUUGAGGGACAGCAGGAGUUCUCCCAGGAGCUGGGGUUCAGGGGGUCACAGAAGGAGGCGAAGCAAGUCCCCCGUAGCACACAGCGCCAGGAGGAGGCACGACACGGACUCCGACGAUUGAAUCCUUCCUCGGAACUGGGGAGGCUUUUUUAAAAAGAAAAGAAAGCCAGCGUCCGGUUCUCGGUCGUCCCCUUGGAGGUCAAGCUCUUUGCACCAGCACGAAGGAGACGGGAAGGCACAAAACGCCCUGCCUGUAAUUCCUUUAUGUGUCGCCGUCUGUGUUUUAUGAGAGAGAGAGAGAGGUUGGUGAGAGCUGGACUACCGAAAGCGAGAAAUCCGAAAAUGCAAAAGCUUCCCUUGGCGCCGGAAGCAUUCCGAAAGGGGAAAGCCAUCUUUAGAGUUACACAAAAGUAACUCUUUUAUUACUGCUGAUAAAUGUUACGGAGCGGGGAGGGGGCGGAGAAGGAAGUUAAAUGUCUGCAUGGCUUGGGCCUAUAAUCACUUCAGAGAAAGAUAAUAAACGUACAGAUUUUCCGUUG